AUGAGCUCCCCGGGCACCGAGAGCGCAGGGAAGAGCCUGCAGUACCGAGUGGACCACCUGCUCAGCGCCGUGGAGAGCGAGCUGCAGGCGGGCAGCGAGAAGGGCGACCCCACGGAGCGCGAGCUGCGAGUGGGCUUGGAGGAGAGCGAGCUGUGGCUGCGCUUCAAGGAGCUAACGAACGAGAUGAUUGUGACCAAGAACGGCAGGAGGAUGUUCCCGGUGCUGAAGGUGAACGUGUCGGGUCUGGACCCCAAUGCCAUGUACUCCUUCUUGCUGGACUUCGUGGCGGCUGACAAUCACCGCUGGAAGUACGUGAAUGGGGAGUGGGUACCUGGGGGCAAGCCAGAGCCUCAGGCGCCCAGCUGCGUCUACAUCCACCCAGACUCGCCCAACUUCGGGGCCCACUGGAUGAAGGCGCCGGUGUCUUUCAGCAAAGUCAAACUCACCAACAAGCUCAACGGAGGAGGGCAGAUCAUGUUGAACUCCUUGCAUAAGUACGAGCCUCGGAUUCACAUUGUGAGAGUUGGGGGCCCACAGCGCAUGAUCACCAGCCACUGCUUUCCAGAGACCCAGUUCAUAGCUGUGACUGCCUACCAGAAUGAGGAGAUCACAGCUCUUAAAAUUAAAUACAAUCCAUUUGCAAAAGCCUUCCUUGAUGCAAAAGAAAGAAACGACCACAAAGAUGUGACGGAGGAACCCGGGGACUGCCAGCAGCCGGGGUUUUCCCAAUCAGGGGGGUGGCUUGUUCCUGGCACCAGCACCCUCUGUCCACCUGCCAGCUCCCACCCUCAGUUUGGAGGCUCGCUCCCUCUCCCCUCCACACAUGGCUGUGAGAGGUACCCGGCUUUGAGGAACCACCGCUCAUCACCGUACCCCAGCCCAUAUGCUCAUCGGAACAAUUCUCCAACCUACGCCGACAACUCAUCUGCGUGCUUAUCCAUGCUGCAAUCCCACGACAACUGGUCUAGCCUGGGAGUGCCUGGCCACACCAGCAUGCUGCCCAUGAGUCAUAGCACCAGCCCACCUACUGGCUCUAGCCAGUACCCCAGCCUGUGGUCUGUGAGCAACGGCACCAUCACCCCAGGCUCCCAGACAGCUGGGGUGUCCAACGGGCUGGGAGCCCAGCUCUUUCGAGGCUCCCCUGCACAUUAUGCACCCCUGACGCACACGGUCUCAGCCGCCACUUCCUCUGGCUCCCCAAUGUAUGAAGGGGCUGCUACAGUCACAGACAUUUCUGACAGCCAGUACGACACGGCCCAAAGCCUCCUCAUAGCCUCGUGGACACCAGUGUCGCCUCCGUCCAUGUGA